AUGACUGACAUUCCUCAACUCAAAACCUUUGAUGUCAGCUUGUCUCCUACAGGUGUAGCAGAAAUUGCCUUUAACCGGCCUGAACGAUACAAUUCGCUUUCUCCUUUGGUUUAUGAGGAAUGGAGAACUGCUAUUCGUUGGGCAGCAAGCAGUGAAGAUGUCAAGGUUACUGUCUUGACUGGCAGGGGAAAAUACUAUACUUCCGGACAAGAACUUGCUAUUCCUGAAAUGACACCUGAAGCUUUGGAUAAUUAUAUGAAGCGUAGUGAGGUCACAAAGACUCUUACUGAUGAACUUAUCAAUUUCCCAAAGAUGCUAAUUGCUGCUGUUAAUGGACAUGCAAUUGGAUACGGUGUUACCACGCUUGCACUGUGUGAUGUAGUUUAUUCGGUACCUGACGCUACAUUUACAACACCUUUUAUGAAAUUAAGUUUCUGUGCCGAAGCAUGUUCUUCUGUCACAUUCCCUCGAAUCUUGGGUACUUCAAGAGCCAAUGAGAUGUUGCUGAUGGGACGCACCUUUACUGCAAAGGAGCUUGAACAAGCUGGACUUAUCAGCCGUACCUUCCCCACCGAGUCUUUCCACGAGCAGGUUAUGGCGUUGGCCGAGAAGGCUGCUGAAUUCUCUGUCAAUGCAAUGAAGAUCACAAAGGAGCUUGUGCGCAGUGUUGACCGUGAAUUGCUUCUCAGUACCAAUGUGAUUGAAAUGGAGAGACUCGGAGAGUGUAUGACGAGCUCUGAUUCGUUGGAGAGCAUGCUUCGUUUCUUUGAGGAAUCACAGAAGAAAAAGAAGGCCAAGGCAGCUGCAGGCAAGAACAAGGCCAGCAAACUCUAA